UGUAAAAUCGUAUCCUACAAUAGUUUCCUAUCAUUUAUCUCCGUUUUAAGCAAGUCAUAAGUUUUGUAAUAAUAGUGAAGUAUUUUAGAACUCCUGCUUCGCCUGCUUAUCUAAUAAAAAAAUUAUAUAGACCAUUUCUUUGUUUUGAAUUUGGACCGUACGCCUAUCGGCAUUUUACUUGGACAUGAACGAAAAGAAUACAUCUAGUUUUAACAGAUUCGAUAGUAAUGCAAGCAUGAAGAGAAAAACCAGCGAAAUAUGGUCGCUAUUUCGGCCAGUGGAUGAUACAUUUGCAGUCUGCAGCAUAUGUAAAGCAAAACUCUCAUACAGAACUACAACAACAAAUUUGAGCAAACACCUUCAACGAAUGCACCCGACAUGCGAUUUGCCAAAUAACCACUCGCGAUACUCCUUUAUACCAAAUAAAAGUUAUAAUCAAAGGGGCAAACAUAGAAACCCAGCACAAGAGAAACGUAUAGCCGAAUUCGUGAAAGCACAUCCACUCACAUUACUAAAGCCAACAAGGGAAAAUAGAAAAGAAUUUGAACUACUUUGGGAUCAACUGUCAGCAGAAUUAAAUAAUCUCGGACCGCCAGAGAAGGACGUUUCUUCAUGGAAGAGGGCCUUAAAAGAUUGGAAGAUUAUUUUAACCAGGAAAUUGCAAAAAAGUCCAUUCAAAAGUGAAGGUAGACCACUGAAUGCAGCUGAGCAAACGUUAGUACGGCUGUGGCGCCUUAACGAAGAUAUAUCGCACAUAGUUAAAGAAGCAUCUUCUGAGGAUGAUUACAUAGAAACAUCAAAUGACGGUCAUAAUUCAUUUGAUAUAGAUAUAGACGAUAUGGUGAUCGAGGACUAUUACGAGGAUGUACAACUGGACUCACCGUGUGAGCAGGAAGACUCGAAAAUAACUAUAUGCAUUGAUCCAUUAUCCGAGAAAGCUCGGAAAUUGAAUAAUAAAGUCGCAUUGGAUCUUCCUGCAGAUGACGUUAUUGAAAAAAUUAACCAAAAAAUUAGCGCGGUAAAUGAUGCAACGAAUAAAACACAACUGGCUCUUAAGGAAUUUUGUGGUCUUUACAAGGAAAAGCUGCUCGAGGACAAACGCCAUCAUUUAGCAAUGGAGAAAAUAUUAACAGAAAAAAACGAAUUAAAACAAAAACUCUUGGAAAUCGAGCAACAAAAGCUGUUAUUAAGAUAAAAACUUAUUUAGGCAAAGAGUAACCAAUUUUUGUUUGAUGUACCUUACUUUGUUCAUAAAG